AUGACCGACAUAGCAAGAGCUCAGAUUCGGCCCCGUGCCGUCUUGGGCCUUUUGACAUUCGGCCCAGAUGGAACCCAAUCUUAUGGCAGCCGAAUUACGUCAUUGAGCGCCUUCAACGAAUGUCUCGACUAUUUCCAGUCGCGAGGCUACAACGAAGUUGAUACAGCUCGUACCUACGUCGGCGGACACCAGGAAGGAUGGACUAGGCAAACCAAUUGGCAUGAUCGAAAGCUUGUACUGGCGACGAAGUGGUAUCCGUACAAGCCAGGAGAUCACUCCACGUCUGUCGUCAAAGAGAACUUACUCAAGAGCUUGAGGGAGUUGGGUUCAGACUCGGUCGAUAUAUUCUACUUACAUGCGCCCGAUCGGUCUGUUCCCUUCCAAGAGACGCUCGAAGCUUGCAAUGAGCUGCAUCAACAAGGCAAGUUCAAGCAGUUGGGCUUGAGCAACUACGCAGCCUGGGAGGUCGCCGAAAUCUGGAACAUCGCUGAUCAGCGAGGGUGGAUCAAGCCGACCGUCUAUCAGGCCAUGUACAACUGCUUGACUCGGGCCAUCGAGGAGGAAUUGGUGCCAUGUUGCCGAAAGUACGGUAUCGAUAUCUUGGUUUACAACCCGCUCGCUGGAGGUGUACUCAGUGGAAGGUAUCAGAGCAAGGAGAUCCCUGAUGAUGGUGGCCGGUAUUCGACUAACGAUCCGGUGGUCGGCGCCAUGUACCGUGAGAGAUACUUUAAAGACGCAAACUUUGAGGCGUUGAAGGUUAUCCAACCGGUUGCGGACCGACUCGGAUUGACCCUAUUGGAAGUUGCAUUUCGGUGGCUCGUCCAUCACAGCAAGCUUAAGGUCCAUGAUGGAAAUGACGGAGUGGUGAUUGGUAUCAGUUCUCUAUCUCAAUUGGAGAGUAACCUGACGAAUCUGGAGAAGGGGCCACUGCCGGAUGAGGUACUGGUGGCUCUGGAUCUGGUAUGGGAGAUCACAAAGCCUUCGUGCUCCUUGUACUGGAGAUAG